AAGGUGACUUGUUACAAAAGUCAAUUGUAAGAGCGGCUUAUUUCUUUGGUUUAUUUCAAGUUCUUAUACGAUCUCGUCAGAUGGCAACGCAAUCGUCGAUCGCAGGUGCCCCCAUCAGGAAUAUAGCCGUACUAAUCAGUAAGUGAUUGGCAACGAGUUAAGCGAGACAAGUGAUUAAAAAAUGGCAUCCGCGACGACGUCGCACAAUGAGGUUUCGCAACAAUUUUCUGUCAACAAACUUAUUCGCGUUGGUUAUUACGAAUUGGAGAAAACAAUCGGCAAGGGUAAUUUUGCCGUUGUCAAAAUGGCAACCCACGUUGUAACAAAAUCCAAGGUGGCUAUAAAAAUAAUAGAUAAAACGAAAUUGAACGAGGAGAACUUGGCAAAAAUAUUCCGGGAGGUACACAUAAUGAAAAGGUUGAGGCAUCCGCAUAUUAUCAGAUUAUACCAAGUGAUGGAAACAGAAAAGAUGAUAUAUUUAGUAACGGAAUAUGCUCCGGGAGGUGAAAUAUUUGAUCAUCUCGUAAGGAAUGGAAGAAUGCCGGAGCCAGAAGCCAGGAGAAUAUUUCGUCAAAUUGUUCUUGCUGUCCGUUAUCUACACCAACAAAGAGUGGUACAUCGAGAUCUUAAGGCUGAGAAUUUGUUACUUGAUGCAGACAAUAAUAUUAAACUCGCCGAUUUUGGAUUCAGCAAUGAAUAUACUCCGGGUGUACCGUUGAACACUUGGUGUGGAUCACCCCCUUACGCGGCCCCAGAAAUUUUCGAGGGAAAACAUUACGACGGGCCGCGUGCCGACGUAUGGAGCCUCGGCGUUGUCCUGUAUGUGUUAGUGUGCGGUGCAUUACCAUUCGACGGUCCUACGAUGCAAUUAUUACGCUCCGUCGUUAUCUCAGGAAAAUUCAGAAUUCCCUUUUUCAUGUCAGCAGAUUGCGAAAAAUUAAUUAGGCAUAUGCUGGUGGUAGAACCGGAAAGACGUUUGAGCAUUUCCCAAAUUUUAGCUCACUCUUGGAUGGGUGGCGAUGGUUUAACGGAACCGGAACCCGGAGGGUGCACUCCUGAAACUGCCGUUCCACUCCAAUUGAAUCAAUUAGUUAUAGAAAAUAUGCUUAGAUUACCUGGGCUUAGUGCUGACACAUUGUUAAAAGCAAUUCAAGGAAAUGCGUUCGAUCAUGUCUCAGCGAUAUAUAAUUUAUUAGUCGAUCGAUUGGAACCGACGAUGUCUGCCUUACCUACCAUACAAAAUAUUCCAGGGGAUUAUAUGCCCGAUGGGGCACAUCAAUUGGAAAAGUUCGGUGAAGCAGAGGCAGAAAGCGAAGAGAGAAGCGGUCUUCAAUUAUCACCCGAUACGCCAUAUCACGCGACCCGAAGGCACACAGUAGGACCCGGUGACACGACGCAUCAACCACCAACGUCAUAUCCGUACGCUUAUAAUCAUACUCCGGGAUAUCAUACGUUGCGGCCCCUUCCAAUAUUACAAUUCAAUAACGACCCCCAAGUUUUGCCGCAUACAAAUUUACCAUUGAAUCUACCGCUGGUUCAACACCAACCACCUCAGAAUUUUCAAAUCAAGGAUCAACAUUUAUUAAAGCCACCACCCGUAAUGGGCGCCACAGGAAGCUUUGGACGAAGAGCCUCCGACGGAGGGGCCAAUCUCCAUGUUUUUUAUCAACAGCACGGUAGUGGUACUAGCGGCGGCAGCGGCAGCGGCAGCGCCGGCGGCGGGGGCGGUGGCGGCGGCGGCGGCAGCGCCGGUGAGAACGGUGGAUGGAGUCAACCUGGUAGCCGUGAACACUUGCAGCCUUUACAACCUGGGAGCCCGUCAUUGGUACAAUGUGCACAAACGUCGACGGUUACCGUCGGUGGUACUGGAAACGGAGAUGGUAAUGGGACCGGCGGUAAUGCAAGCGGAACUGGUACAAGCGAUAGAAGACGACGAAGUGGGUUAACUGCCGUCAUGCAAAGACCAGUUAUAAAUCCGGAACUGGUUAUGGAGGUGGAAGCUAGGAUGAACAGAGCUUACCUGCCGUCACGAUUAUUACCGAGUCAUCUUAGAGGGCCGACGCUUCCACAUCACAGGAAAACUUCGUUGUAUCACGCUAGUGCUGGAAGUAGAGAUUCGUAUAAAGAGCCAAGCAGUCACGUCGCAACGGAGAGAUACUCGCCGGUCCGUCGUGCCUCGGAAGGAUCAGGUCCUCCGGGUCCUGGUAUACAAGCGCUUCAACAAGAGUACCAACAGUUGCAGAGGUUAGCGUCACCUUCGCACAGUCCGGCUAGUAUACCAGGGUCUCCGGUUCACGAAAGAGGCGUAGCAGCCAUAACGCAAGGUUUGAGCGGUUUGACGACUGCACCCGUACAAGGUAGUAUAGUGCACGGUACUCCUGCGCAAUCACCGGCCACGCCAUUAGAUUUAAGUCCCUUAAGACAUCAUAGAUCACCGGCUACAACGCCUGUCAGUUAUUCGCCUAGCAAUAGUCCUGCUUUGGAUAUGAUUCAAGAAGAGCAUCCUGUAGAAAUACCACGAGUACCGCCACAAAUUUCAGUGACAGACGUUCUUGGAGGGCAAGUGACAUUGAUCAAUUGUUCACCGUCUCCGUCUCCAUCGCCAGAUUCGCUCGAAGACGCAUUGCCGCAUUAUAGCACUCUGCCGAGUUUUAUCAUUUCAGAACCGUGCGAUCCCUCGAGACCUAGUAUAACGCGUGGUAUCGGUAGGCCACACAAUACAGCAAUACCCGCCGAAGUAGAGGUCACUCUUUCGGACGAAUCGAGUAGAUUAAAUUCCGAAGCCAUAUUGGGCCGUGUUAAAGAGAUCAUAGACGCUAGAGCUCCGCCCAAAGGUUUUAUCUUUUCGAGAGAGGAGGUCGAAGGUGGUGGAUUGAGUUUAGAAUAUCCCGGUGGUGUUCAAAUUGAACUUAGAGUCUGCGAAUCCGAAGAGAGAGAAGUAAAGGGGAUCAAAAUGCGAAGAAUUAGCGGGGACCAAGUACAAUAUAGCCAGCUUUGUCAGCAGUUAAUUUCUUGCAUCACUGUUUGACGGCAACCAGCUCAUAUCGUCUUGACGCUUUUUUUUAUGUAUUAUAAUACAUUCCUGGUGCCAGAUACACCACUCCAUACAGUAUUGCGCGUGCAUGCUGCAUAUGAGCCAAGACGGUACUUGAAAAGUAUCGCGGCUUAUAUUAUAACAUUUGUACGUCUAACGCUUAUUAUACUUUGAUUCUUUUCUCUAUUUUUCUUCUCGUUCAUCGUUUCUUUGGCGUUACGUUCAGUAUCAUCAUUGAUUUGUACAUAACAUGGAAGGAUGCGUCGAAGGUCGAAUUUGUUUGAAAAUGGUCAUACCGCUAUGUAUCUGUUGUCGCAGAUAGGAUCAUUUUUUCUCCUUCUCUUCUCUUCUCUUCUCUUCUUUCUUUCUUUCUUUCUGUUUUAUUUUAAUCUACUUUUUCCUGGUUAUAUCUCCUGGUUAUUUCUAAGAAAGCCGAGUAUUAGACAACAAGCUUACAAGAGAUGUAAAGGAAUUUCAAUGAAAGUCUAAUCGCUGAUAUGUGUAUGUACAUCACACGCAGAGAGAGACAGACAGUAGACAGACAUGCGCGCGCACUCAUUCAUACACCAUUCCUUUCGGUAGAAUGUAUUAUCGAUCGAUGUUGAAAAUGUGUAUAGGGUAGUUAGUGUAUAAUUUACUGCGCCAAUUUUAUAAACACUAGCGAUCUCCUUUUAGUUGAAAAGAAGAAAAAAAGAGAGCGAAAAAGCAAGCCGUUUGUUGUUAUCCAAGAAAAAGAAAGAAAACUUCAGCGUACGCGGCCGGUUAAUACUCUUUUCGAUCGUUCUCGUAACAACGAGAGAAUUUGUAUAACGAAGCUCUUCCUCGUGCGUCGCCCGUUGGAACUAACAACUGGAGUCCUUCUUUUAAUAUCAAUCACUGAUAUUAACUCGAAGAUAUCGUGAAAAAAAAUCACAGAAAAAAACAAAAGAAAGAAAAGAAAAAGUAUUGGUCCUUCGAUGCAUUGUACCUGUUGGAUGGACAGACAUCGGUCUGCCAUUUGCGCGUAUCACUACGCGAUUCUUGUAGGUAAACGCAACCCCCCCCCCCCCCCCCCCCCCCCCUGUAAAUCUUUCUUUUAAUCCGUGAAAAUGUAUCUUUUACGGUUUGAGAACCAUGCAGACUGAGUUAUGAGUGUUUUUCUUUUCUCUCUUUCUCUCUCUCUCUCUCUCUCUCUCUCUCUCUCUCUCUCUCCUCCCCCAUCCUUCCUCUUUGUUCUUUUUAGAAAAAAAAGUCAGACGAUGUAACAUUUGAUUGCGACGAUUUAUACGAGAAUUCGAUUCAGUGCUCGUCGGAAGGACGCGUUUGCGUAUCUUUACGGUGAAUACAUAUUCUCUUUCUCCUUUCAACGCUUUAAUGUAAAUCAUUUAUGUAUCCGCGAAGGUGGAGGAGAAGAGAGAUACAGAAAGCUUGAAAGAGAAUAUACUUUUAGUUACAUGUUAGCGUAUAUAAAUGCAAAAAAAGGCUGUACAUUGUCACUAGAAUAUCGAAAGAAUAGAAUUAUUUAAAUUA